CGUGUUGCCUGAUCAAAGUGAUCAUCAAUUCUCAUCUGUUCUGACGCAAUGGCGACUUCUUCAAGGGCAACUCUGAAUGUCAAUUCUUCUCCUCUUAGCUUGAUUCCACUGGUGACUGCUGAACUCGUUAAAGACACUGUUAACAUUGAUAUUUCUAUUGGACAAAAUAUUUCAUUCACACAGGAAGAUGGUUCUACAGUGUCAGGGGCCCUCGCUUCAGCGAGACACUUGUGUCGUUUGGCAGGGAAAGGGUGUCAGCUGUACGGUGGGAAUAACUUGCAAAAAGCUGAAGUUGAUCACUGGCUGGAGUAUAGCGUCAGAUCAAUGUCAGCAUCGUGUGAUUCCAAAUCAGUUAUGAGUCAUCUUGAUACGGUUUUAGCUCCUAGAGUAUUUCUGGUUGGAUAUUCUCUCUCCCUUGCUGACAUUGCCAUAUUUGCUGCUCUUAGAGGUAUUCUUGGUGGUGAUUCUCCUAAUGGUCAGAAUCUAAACAGAUGGUAUCAGUUCUUAACUGAGAAUGAUGCAAUAAAGAAUGUCCUUGCAACAUAUUCAAUCCAAACAAUUGAGACGACUGAUGGUCCCGGGGUGGUUAAAGGUAUUCAGUCUGAUGUUGGUAAGUUUGUUGAACUGCCAGGAGCUGCAAAAGGAAAGGUUGUCACUCGCUUCCCACCAGAAGCAUCAGGGUAUCUUCAUAUUGGUCAUGCUAAGGCAGCAUUGCUCAAUCAGUAUUACCAGCUGCUCUUUGAGGGUAAGUUCAUCAUGAGGUUUGAUGACACUAAUCCAGAAAAGGAGAAAGUUGACUUUGAGAAGGUCAUUCUUGAUGACGUGGCUAUGCUUAACAUCAAACCGGACAUAUUCAGUUACACUUCUGACUACUUUGACAAAUACCUGGAAUAUGCUGACACGUUGAUAAGAGACGGCAAAGCUUAUGUUGACAACACUCCGGGUGAAGUCAUGAAGCAGGAAAGGGAGAGCAGGACACCUUCAAAGUGUAGGGACAGAUCUGUUCAAGAUAAUCUCAAUAUGUGGGAGGAGAUGAAGGCUGGGUCUGAAGCUGGUCUCCAGUGUUGCUUACGUGCUAAGAUUGACUAUGCCUCUGAUAAUGGCUGCAUGAGAGACCCAGUACUGUACAGGUGUAAGCUGGAACCACACCCACGAACCAAAACUAAAUACAAAGUGUAUCCUACAUAUGAUUUUGCUUGUCCAUUGGUUGACAGUAUUGAAGGUGUUACUCAUGCCCUGAGGACUACUGAGUAUCAUGACAGGGACCCACAGUAUUUCUGGAUACUUGAUGCUUUAGGUUUAAGGAAGCCAUACAUAUACGAGUACAGUCGUCUUAAUCUCCAGAACACUGUACUCUCCAAGCGUAAGCUGACUUGGUUUGUUAAUGAAGGGAUCGUUAGUGGAUGGGAUGAUCCAAGGUUCCCAACAGUGCGUGGUGUAUUGAGGAGAGGAAUGACUGUAGAGGGUCUGAAAUUAUUCAUAGCAGCUCAGGGGUCAUCCCGUGCUGUCACUAUGAUGGACUGGAAUAAGAUAUGGGCUUUUAAUAGAAAAGUUAUUGAUCCCAUCUCUCCUCGAUAUACUGCACUUACUGACACUGUUCCGUUACUGAUACCUGAAGUUAAAGAUGAAACUAGUAAAAUGGUUCCUAAGCAUCCCAAGGAUCCCAGUGUUGGUGAGAAGGAGGUCUGGUAUUCAGGUGAAGUAUUGAUAGAAAGAGUUGAUGCUGAGACAAUUAAAGUUGGCGAUGUUGUUACCUUGAUUAACUGGGGAAAUGUUGUCAUUACUAAGAUAAAUAAUGACUCUUCAACUGGUGCUCUUCAGUCAGUGGAAGCUAAAUUAAACCUUGAGAAUCAGAAUUAUAAAAACACUGCUAAACUGACUUGGCUUGCAAAGACAAAGAGUGCUUCAUUUGUUCCAACUGUCUGCGUUCAUUUUGAUCACAUCAUCACUAAACCAGUACUCAAACCUGAAGACAAUUUCAAGGACUAUGUCAAUUACAAUUCAAAAGUUGAAAUGGAUGCUAUUGGUGAUCCUUGUUUAAAGGACCUGAAGAAAGGUGACAUUAUUCAAAUCCAAAGGAAAGGUUUCUAUAUAUGUGACGAGCCUCAUCGACCAACCUCAGUCCAUUCCUUCCAGUCUUCACCCUGCAUACUGUUCCUGAUACCUGAUGGACACAGUAAAACUAUGAAUGUGCCUCUAGUGGGUGGGGCUUCUGAUAAACCACACCCACCACAGAAGAAUAAAGCUGAUGGUCCUACUGAACCUGAGCAACCAGCCAAGAAGAAGCCAAUUGAUCCAAGCCCUCCCACCAGUACACCUGCUGCUACUGCUAGUACAACUACUGGUGGUGCUACUGGAGGAGGAGCUACUGCUGAGGAAUUAUUGGAAAAGAUAAAGGAACAAGGAGAAACAGUGAGAGGUUUGAAAUCAAGCAAAGCAGACAAAGCAGAGAUAGACAGUGCAGUUGGUGUAUUAUUAAAGUUGAAGUCAGAUUAUAAAGAACUGACUGGUGAAGCUCCUCCUGGGGCAGCUCCAUCUAGUGGAGGCAAGAAGAAAGACAAGAAACAAGAGAAAACAACUGGCACUGCUGCUACUGGAGGAGGAGGAGGAGGAAAGAAAGAAGGAAAGAAAGACAAAGGCAGUAAAGGCAGUGGUGACAGCAGUAAACCAGCUAAAGAUGAACAAACUGCUUCUGAUGCACAAGGACCUAAGAAGGAAACACUAUUGGGUGUGAAUGCUAAAAAGGAGGAGUCCCUGAGUGAUUGGUACAGUCAGGUUAUCACUAAAGCUGAGAUGAUUGAGUAUUAUGAUGUCAGUGGUUGUUACAUAUUGAGACCUGUUGCUUACAGCAUAUGGGAGAAAGUGAAAGACUUCUUUGAUGCUGAGAUAAAGAAGCUUGGUGUUGAAAACUGUUAUUUCCCAAUGUUUGUCUCUGGAUCAGCUCUACAAAAAGAAAAGGAUCACAUUGCUGAUUUUGCCCCCGAGGUUGCCUGGGUAACCAAAUCCGGCCAAUCAGAAUUAGCUGAGCCGAUAGCUAUCAGACCUACAUCAGAGACAGUGAUGUAUCCAUCAUAUGCCAAGUGGGUUCAAUCACACAGGGACCUCCCACUCAAACUCAACCAAUGGUGCAAUGUUGUACGUUGGGAGUUCAAGCAUCCUCAGCCAUUCCUACGUACAAGAGAGUUCCUCUGGCAAGAGGGACACACAGCACACGCUACUAAAGCUGAAGCUGAGAAAGAGGUACUGGAUAUUCUAACGUUAUAUCAAAGAGUGUAUGAAGAGCUAUUGGCUGUUCCUGUUAUUCCUGGCUGGAAGACAGAGAAGGAAAAGUUUGCAGGUGGAGAUUAUACUACCACUGUUGAAGGAUUUGUAGCAGCCAGUGGUAGAGGAAUACAGGCUGCUACUUCUCAUCAUUUGGGUCAGAACUUUUCUAAAAUGUUUGAUAUUAAGUUUGAAAAUCCUAACCAAGAAGAAGGAGAUGAUCAUUGUUUUGCAUAUCAGAAUUCCUGGGGUAUUACUACACGCAGUAUUGGUAUAAUGGUAAUGGUUCAUGGUGACAAUAGAGGACUGAUACUGCCACCCAAUGUGGCCAAUAUACAGGUGAUUGUUGUUCCUUGUGGUAUAACAGCAACAGUUGAUGAUACCAAAAGAAAUGAAUUAACUAAAUAUUGUGAAUCAUUGAUCAGCUCAUUGACUGAGGCUGGGAUUAGAGCUAAAGGAGACUUUAGAUACAAUUAUUCUCCUGGUUGGAAGUUCAAUAACUGGGAAUUGAAGGGUGUUCCAAUGCGUAUAGAAGUUGGCCCACGUGAAGUUACUAAUAAGAAUAUUGUUAUUGUUCCUCGUGAUACUACUGGAGUAAAGGAACCAUGCAGUAUAUCUGCUGCCACAGAAACUGUACAGAAGAAAUUGAAAGAGAUUCAAGAGAGACUUUAUGCAAAGGCUAAGGCUGAAAUGGAUGAGCACAUUGCUGUACUUGAUAACUGGGAUGAGUUCUGUAGCAGUUUAGACAAGAAAAUGAUAAUAAUGUCCCCUUAUUGUGGUGAGGUAUCAUGUGAGGAUCAAAUUAAAAAAAUGAGUACCAGGGAAGAGGCUAUAGAGCCAGGGGCACCUGCUAUGGGAGCUAAAGCUCUUUGUAUUCCUUUCAAGCAACCAAAGGAGCUAUCCAGUGAUGCUGGCUGUGUGCGUAGAGGAUGUGAUAAUAAAGCAAAAUACUAUACACUUUUUGGACGUAGCUACUAAAAUUUUAAUACUUUUGAUGAAUUUUGUGGUGUACAAUAUUAAACUAAAUGUGUUGUAUGCAUUGUUUCUUUUUUUCAAAAGUAAAUACCACAAGAACUGAGUUUAAUAGAUUUAAUUCACACUAUAUAUUAUAUUUCUUUUCUCCACAAUUAUCUUUCCUUUGAAUGGAUUCCUGAUUGAUUCAGAUAUUAAUGAUCCCAUUUUAAUAA